GCCUCCUUUUUCUCCCCGCUAAAAGCUCCCUGGGCCACUCCCUUCUACAGUGCUCGCCCUCGGGGGCCAGACCAGCGACAUGGAAGGUUGCGUCGGAGAGGAAUCUUUCCAGAUGUGGGAACUCAACCGACGCCUGGAGGCCUACCUAACCCGGGUCAAGACGCUAGAGGAGCAGAACCAGUUGCUCAGUGCGGAGCUUGGGGGACUCCGGGCGCAGUCCGGGGACACCUCCUGGCGGGCUCGAGCCGACGACGAGCUAGCAGCCCUGCGGGUCCUCGUCGAAGAGCGCUGGCGGGAGAAGCACGCGGCCGAGGUGCAGCGAGACAACCUUGCCGAAGAACUGGAGGGCGUGGCGGGCCGGUGCCAGCAGGUGCGGCUGGCUCGCGAGCGGACCUGCGAGGAGCUCGCCCGCAGCCGGCGCGCGCUCGAGGCGGAGGAGAGUGCGCGGGGCUGGCUGAGCACCCAGGCGGCAGAGCUGGAGCGCGAGUUAGAGGCUCUGCGAGCCGCGCACGAGGAAGAGCGCUCACACCUGACCGCUCAGGCAGUCUGUGCGCCGCGCCAGUCCCCCGCGCCGCCCCGCGGACCCCCUGCACGGGCCCCCGAAGUGGAGGAGCUGGCCUGGCGGCUAGGCGAAGCGUGGCGCGGGGCGGUGCGCGACUACCAGGAACGCGUGGCCCACAUGGAGAGCUCGCUGGGCCAGGCCCGUGAGCGGCUGGACCGAGCCGUGAGGGGAGCUCGGGAGGGGCGCCUAGAGCUGCAGCAGCUGCAGGCUGAACGCGACAGUCUCCAGGGGCGCAGAGAUGCCCUGGAACAGAGGUUGGAGGGCCGCUGGCAGGACCGGCUGCAGACCACUGAAAAGUUCCAGCUGACUGUGGAAGCACUGGAACAGGAGAAGCAGAACCUACAGAGCCAGAUUGCUCAGGUCCUGGAAGGUGGGCAGCAGCUGGCACACCUCAAGAUGUCCCUUAGUCUGGAGGUGGCUACAUACAGGACUCUGCUGGAGGCUGAGAACUCCCGGUUGCAGACACCUGGUCGAAGUUCCCAGGCUUUCCUUGGCUUUCAGGACCCCAAGCUGAAGCUGCAUUUCCUUGGGACACCAGAGAACCAGCACCUAGGAUCUGUGCUCCCUGUCCUCAGCCCUACAUCCCUCCAUUCCCCCUUGCCUGAUACCCUUGAGACUCCUGUGACAGCCUUUCUGAAGACCCAGGAAUUCCUUCAGGCCCAAACCCCAACCUUGGCCAGCACUCCCAUCCCACUCAUGUCUGAGGCUCCUUGUCCUUCUAAAAAUGCAGAGAUCAGAGCCCAGGAUGGUCCUCUUUCUCUGCUCCAGACACAGGGUGGGAGGCAACAGGCUCUAGAGCCUCUCUGUGCUGAAGUCACAGUGCCUAUUUCUACUGAAGGCCCCUCAGAACUAGAGGAGCCUGGGGGCAAACAGCCCGGCCACUUCCCUGAGGAUCCAGCCUCCUUGGCCCCAUCCCUCAACCCUCACCACCCUAUUUUAGAGGAUAAAGAUGGAGAAUUCAGUGAGUCUAGAGUAUCUAGCAUGUUCCAGGAAAAUGAAGGGCAAAUCUGGGAGCUAGGAGAGAAAGAAGCAGCCAUAGAGGCAAAAGCAGAAAACAGCUUAGCACAGGAAACACAAAAAGGUGGUCUGGACACUGAAGAAAUCCAGGAUUCUCAGGGUCCUUUGCAAAAGGAAACGAUGGAGGCUGUAGGAGAGAAGCCAUUGAUGCAUCUGAAAACCCAGAGCCAUGAGACACAAGGGAAGGAGAAUUGCAGGUCUCUGAGGUCUGUAGAAAAGAACCUGGAAACACUAAAAAGCCCAGAAAAAGAAAAACAAACACUACUGAAGUCUCUAGAAGAAAAGGAUGUAGAGGCAGAGAAAACUCUAGAAAAUGGGGUUUCUGAACUAUCUAAGCCUUUAGAAAAAGAAGUUGCAAGAAUCAGGGAUCAAGAAUUAAUGUCUCCUGAAGGUAAACUGGAGACAGUUUCGUUUGUAGGAAAGGAAAAUCAAGAAGUAGUGAAGUCUUCAGAAGAGGGGGACUUAGAGUUGUUGACAGCCUUUAAAAAGGAUAACCAGCAUCCACUGGGGGGUCCAGAAGAAGAGGACCCAGUGUUUGAGAGAGCUAUAAAACCAGAGGACCAGGAGUCCCUGAGGUCUCUAGAAGAGGAGGACCAGGAGGCAUUUAAAACUCUGGAGAAAGAGAAUCUGGAGCCAUUAAGAUUUGAAGAAGCAAAAGACCAGAUGAUUGAGAGACUGGUAGAAAAAGAGGAUCAGAAGUUCCUGAGGUCUCUAGAAGAGGAGGACCAGAGGAUUGUGAAACCUCUAGAAAAGGAGAAUCGGGAAUCUCUGAGGUCUCUUGAUGAAAACCAGGAGACCAUUAUGCCACCAGAAAACAUGAACCAGAGGCUACUGAGAGCUCUAGAAAUAGAAAAGGAGGAGCAGAAAAUUGUGAAACCUCUAGAAAAAGUGAGUCAGGACUCCCUUGGGUCUCUAGAAAAAGAGAGUGUGGAGCCACUGAAAUUUCUAGAAGAUGACCAGGUGAUUGAGAACCUGUUAGCAAAAGAGACUCAUGAGUCCCUGGGGUCCAUUGAAGAUAGAAACCAGGAGACUGUUGCACAACUAGAACUUGAGACCCAGGAUUCACUGAGGUCUCUAGAAGAGGAGGACCAGAGGAUUGUGAAACAUCUAGAAAAAGAAAACCGGGAGUUCCAAAGGUCUCUAGAAGAGGAAGAACAGAUGACUGAGAGAUCUCUGGAAAGAGAGAACCAUGAACCACUGAGUUCUGUAGAAAAAAAGGACCAGAUGAUUGAGAACCUGCUAGAAAAAAAGAGUCAGGACUCAGUGAAGUCUAUUGAAGAUGAGAACCAGGAGACUUUCAAGUCUCUGGGAAAUCCAGAGUCAGGACAGGACCAAGAGAUACAGAGACUUGAACAAGAGACUCAUCAGACACCAAGGGCUGAGGAGGUUGACCAGAUGGCAACCAGACCACUGGAAAAGGUGGAUUCAGAGUUACUGAAGCCUCUUGGGAAUGACAAGGAAAUAGUUGGAUCUCUUGAAAAAGAGAUUCAAGAGUCACUUGUGUCACUGAAAGAAAGAAGUAUGGAGCCAGUGAAGUCUUCAAAAACAGAGAACACAGAACCAUUGAAGAAUGUACAAGAGGAUUUGGAAAUAAUGAACUCUAUAGAAGAUCAAGAGCCAUUGUGGUCUACAGAAGUGACUAGAGAGACAAUGAAACCUCUAGAAAAUGAAAUUCAAGAAUUACUGGGGUAUGUGGAUGAGAACCAAGAGACACUGAGACCCCUUGAAAGGGAGAAUCAAAAACUGAGAUCUCUGGGCAAGUGGGACCCAGAGACUGUGGAGUCUCCAGAAGGGAUAGAGGAGAGACAGCAGCACCUGGAAGGGGAAGAAUGCCUAGAGAUGGAAGAGCACCAAGAAUCACUGAGGUCUCUGGGAGAGGUGGGGCCACUGUCUGGGUCUGGAAAUCAACACCAACAACAAAGGUGGGAGGAUGUGGUGGUGGAGAAUGGAGCAGUGGGUCAGGACCCACCUCUGGGUAAAACAGGAAUAGAAAGUGAGGAUGAGGCAGAGCUAUGUCUGAGUGGGCAAGAUGAUAAGGAAGAAGCUGCAGAGGAAAGGAAGCUGCAGCAAGACAUUGUGAGGGAGGCCUCAAGUCUGGGGAGCUCUGAGCUGGAGGAGCAGAGGGUUCCUGCUGAGGAAGGUAACAGAAAGAGCAAUGCUGAGGCCCUGGAGGGACAACCAGAGCAGAUGGGGGCCGUAGAAGUCCUAGUUACUCAGGGAAUGCUGGAGGUGGCAGAGCAAGAUGAGGAUAUAGCCCAAGCAGGUGAACAAGACUCCAGAAAAGUGACUCUGGGAUUAGAGGCUGCUGCUACCGGAGGACUGGGACUGGAGCAGGAAGUGGUAGAGCUAGAGGACCCAAGGCAUCUUGCCAGUGACCUAUCCCUGGGGGAGGAAAGUGUGAAGGCAAAGAUAGCUCAGGGCUUGGAAAGGCCUGGAAAAGAACCAAAGGAAGCAGGUGCUCUGGAAUCAGAGAUCCUCAAAUUGCCCAAGACUAACAGUGCUGCUCUGGAACCCAAGGGCUGCAAAGAGGCAGAGCCUGCGGUGGGCUGGAGAGUAGAGGAGGCCUCAGUGAAGACCUCAGACCAUGAAGGCACUGAUGUCCCUCAGCCCAGGUCCCCAGAGACAGAGGAAGAUGAGGGCACACAGGCAGCACUGAUAACCCCUGGCCCCAAGCUUAUGGAACCCUGUUUGCCCAUCCAGGUCCUGAAAGAUGACUAUGAGCAGCAUCCCCAGGCUGAGGGGACCCAGGAGACUGGGUGGCAGCUAGAAGGUGGGUGUGAAGCACUGGAAAGGGCAGAUGAUGGUCAGGAGUUUGGUCUUGGGGAGAUCCCUGAAGGCCUCCGGGACUGGGAGGAGAAUAGAGAAGAAAGUGAGGCUGAUGAGCUAGGGGAAACUCUCCCUGACUCUACUCCCCUGGGUCUCUACCUGAGGUCCCCUGCCUCCCCAAAGUGGGACCUGGCUGGGGAGCAGAGGCUCUCCCCUCAAGGGGAGGCCAGGAAGGAAGGCUGGAGUCCUGCUGUCCUGGUUACUCAGGGCCUCAGCAACCCACCAGAGGAGGAGCAAGGCCAUGACUCUGAGCUGUCAUCUGAGGAAUUUGAGGACCUGGCAGCUGAGGCCUCUCUUCUUCCAGGGGUUUCCAAGGAGGUGGCAGAUGAUCUGGGCCAGGUGCCCCCAGUACUGGAUCCAACAUGCUGGGAUCAGGGUGAGGAGUCUGAUGGAUUUGCUGAUGAGGAAGAGAGUGGGGAGGAGGGAGAGGAAGAAGAGCAUGAGGAAGGAGCAGAGUCAGGGACUCAGUGGUGGGGGCCAGGGACCUCUGGUGGCAGCUUCAAGGUCCAGGAUAUCACCCAAAGAAGGGACCUGGGACAUGAAUCUGUGGGUGUCAGUGGUCCCUGGCAUGAUGGCUUGAGGGGUGCUGCAGCUAACAUCCCUCCGCCUGCCCUUGAGACUGUGUCUCAAGACAGUGCUGAGUCUUCUGGGUCAGAAGGGUCUGAGUCUAUUUCCUUGGAGGGGGAGGAUAAAGUGCCCGACCAUUGGGGUGCCCCCCAAGAGAUGACUGGCAUGGUCCCAGGGGCAGGAGAUAAUUUUGAUGCCAGUGGCCAGGGCCCCAACCUGGAGUCAGAGCAUGUGAAUGGGAGGAUGGAGAAUGGACUAGAGCAGUGUGAGGAACAGGGGCUUCUGGGUGGGGAGCAGGAUCAAGGACUCCCUUUACAGGAAUUGGAGGUGGGUAGCCUAAAGGCCCCCUUGGUAGGGUCUCCUGUGCACCUAGGCCCAAGCCAGUCCCUGGAGUUCCCUCUGAGUGGAGCUGAUGGAGAUUCCUGGUCCUCAGAGGAAGACUAGGGAAUGCUUCUCUGACACUGAGGACUUAAUGGGGGAUGUUCUUCCCUGCUCUGGGCCCUCACUCUUAGCUUUGAUAACUUGACCUGUGGUGUUUGUCCUGGAGAGGUAUGGCUGGAUGAGCAAGAUGAGAUCCUACUUGUACCAUCCUGAAGGGUUUAUUUAUGUCAGCUGAACCCCUGUAGUUCUAGACCCCCUUUCUUCUAUGGCUCACAUGCUGGAAGAGGCCUGGGCCUAGAGCUUUUCCCAUGAGGCUUUUCUGGCUCGAUAGCUCUGUCUACAAUAGUGCCACCCCCACAAGGUCUGGCCUAGCCUGUGCCCAGAGGAGCUGAGGGCAGCAAAUAUGACCAACCCCUUGUCUCAUUUCAGCCUGCUGAGAUCUUGUUUUGCUCUUUCUUGCUUGAAUAAAGUUGUAUUCCCAC